GUUUCCCGUUGUUGAUUAUGGUGCAUUUAGCUUUCAGAAGGAUAUGCUGAGUCACUUGAAUUACUAAAGAAUCAAACUUUGUGGCAAUGGGUCUUGUAAUUUGUUUCUUAUCUUCCUUAGCCUUGUUGAUUUUUGUGGAUUUGAAUUUGUAAGGAUUCAAACUUGGUGGCAAUGAUUCUGUAUUUUAAUCCUUUAAUUUCCUUCCCCUUGUAUAUUUUAGUGGAUUUAGCUUUCUGAAGGUUAUGCUGCUAGUUUAUCUAUAGGUUAUAUGAUUGUAACGUAUCGCAGAUGGAAUCUGAAAAUGCUCGACCAAAAGCUAGUGUAAUCUGAACUAAUUUGGUUAUUCUGUGGUCGUAUUGUCGUGUUUUACUGGAAGUAUCUUUUGUGUGUUGUACUCAUCUAAUGUUGUGUUGUGUUGUGCUUAUCUGAUGUUAGCUAGUAGUAAUCUGAUAAGAGGAUCUUUUCGGGUUACGACAUGCUCAUUUGUUGAUUUAGCCCAUUUAACUGACAUAGUUUCAGCUCAACCCCAUUAAUUUGACACCCCUUAAUGUAAGUUAUAGUCGAGUUAUGUUAAUGCGAGAGAAAAGGAAAAGGAAAAGAAGAAACCUUUUCACUUAUUUGCUACUAAUUAAAGAGGUAGUAAGCCUUUCAAGAUAACAGUAAUGAAUAUUUCAACUUAUUCAAUUCUUACAUGUGAGUUGAGUGGAAUAUUUUCUAUUCCUAGUUGCGGGUGGUGUUAAGAGAAUAUGCGACUAAACUGCAGAACUGGGUGGAAGGAUACAAUUUAAACAUGUUCCGGGGUAGCUAAAUGUGCAGUUUAUAUUUUCUCACACAGAGAGACUGUUAAUUGUUACUUUACGAAGUUUACUAGAACCAUAGUUAUACUUACGUGUUUUAAUCAAUUUUUUCAGAUUUUGAGGGUUGUUCAUUAGGCCAUCAAUGCGUUUGAAUGCGGAUAGGUGAUCAGAUACCUUUUAAAACUUACUAACCAGCUGAAACCAUGACCAGUAGGAGUAUCAGAAUCUUUUUUAUGUCAUUUUCUAAUCCCUCUACUCUAAUUCCAAAUCCAAGUCUCCGCUGUUUUUGCACUAACACAACAACUGUAAAAAGAAAAUCUCAAGUUCAAUAUCCUCUACAAUUCCAAGAAAAAUCUCCCCAAAGAAAUCUCAUUGCAGUGUCAUGUCUUCUAAAAAAAUAUGGUUUUCCAGCUCUAGAACUUACUAAUUUUCUCAAGAAGAAUCGUCGUUUACUAAAUCUAGACCCCGCCAAAAUUGAAAAUUCCCUUAAGAUUCUAUUAUCCUUGAAACCAUCUCAAGAAUUCCUUGUAUCCAUGAUAAGUAGUUGUCCCAGGGUUCUAGAAUAUGAUGCUAUAAAGAAAUGGGAAGGAUGCAUGCGAGGAUUCGAAGAAGGGUCCAAUUUAUCCUCCUUGGCUAUUCGGAAUAUUCUGGAGGUCUCAAUGAAAUUUGAACUAGAUUAUGAUUGUGUUUUGGGGUCUUUGAAAUGUCUGAAGGAUUUAGGGGUUAGUGAUAUUACUCUAAAUAAGGUUUUGGAGACGCAUCCCAUGGUAAUUACGAUGUCUGCAGACAAGGUUCGUGACAGUUUUGAAUUUGUCGUUGAUGCCUUUGGGAUUGGCAAUGUUGAAUUCGAUCGCAUUCUCCGUGUCUAUCCGGCUGUUUUGGUCUAUGGAUUUCAAAAUAAGUUUAAACGAUUGCUUGAUGAAUUUAGAGCUCUGGGUUUUAACAUGGAGGUGGUUAAGAAACAGCUUCUGAGAGAUCCUAGAAUUCUUGCAUUUGAAUUUGGGGAGUUAUCGCGGUGUUUGGAGCUGCUUAAGAGUUUGAAAUGUAGGGAAGCUAUUAAGAAGGAUAUUUUUCAAGAUGGGGCUUUUAAGGCUGGGUAUGAGGUGAAACUAAGGGUUGAUUGCUUGCGCAAUCACGGGAUAACCUUAAGGGAUGCUUAUUCUGUGUUAUGGAAAGAGCCGAGAGUGAUACUUUAUAGCUUAGAUGAUGUUGAGAGGAAGAUUGAGUUUUUGUUGCACGUGAUGAAAUUUGAUAUUCAAUGUCUUGUUGAAGUUCCUGAGUACCUUGGGGUGAAUUUCGAUAAACAUAUUCUACCAAGAUUCAAGGUAAUUGACCACUUAAGAUCAAUAGGAGGACUUGGUGAUGAGGUGGGGUUGAGAGAGUUGAUUAAACCGAGUAGAGUGAAAUUUUAUAAUCUAUAUGUAAAGCCUUAUCCAGAGUGUGAAUCAAUGUAUGCAAGAUUUUCAAGAGAUACUGAAGCGAGAAGUCAACAUCCAGUGGGGAUGUGGAAGCUUUUCAUACCACAAAAUAACCCAAAGUCCAGAGUAGAUAUAAUGAACAUUAAGUCGUAUAUGGAUUCGCUGGCUUGAAAUAUGGAUUCUUCCUCUAAUUUCUACCCGAACUUGCAUCUACAUAGCAUUCUCUUGGAAGAUCCUUUUCCGAGACUUUCUGAUAUUUGUGGAAUUGAUCUUGGUGAAGCUGCACGUGAGUUAGCUAGCUGCAGGAGGCACCUGAACUCGAAGCUAUGAUCAGAUCCAAUCGGCCUAUUCGACCAAACCUCAGAACUUAGAAUGGCUGGCCUUCAUCAGUAAUCGGUCAAGGCAGUGCUCUUUUACAGUCUCUCAUGGUGUUGUAAGAGUGUAAUCACUCUCUAUGCCAUGUCAGCACAUACGGUGUGAUAAAUCCAUUCCCGGCUAGUUCAGAGGGGUAAUUGGACGCGUAGAAAAUGUAAAGAGUAAAACAUAGUGAACAACUUGUUUAUGUUUUCUUGUAUGCUGUAUGAACUAAGCAGCUCAUGUACAGUACUCAUGCUUGAUAGUAAUAAAAAGUACAGUUAGACAAAA